AUGCAAACGACUGGAAUUGAAAAGAUCUAUAAUCCAAAACAACCAAAAACAGUCAAUCCAUUUCUUGCUUAUACACCUAAUGGUACUGUUUCUAGUACUAAAUUAUUCUAUGCUAAUUAUGGUCGACUUGGAGACCUUCGUAAAUUAACAUCAAUAGUUGGUAAUGAAAGUCUUCAAGGUAGUAUCAUUAUUAUGAGAUAUGGUAGUAUUUAUCGUGGAAACAAAGUGAUGCAUGCUCAAUAUUUUGGAGCCGCGGGUGCUAUAUUAUACAAUGAUCCACGUGAUUAUGCUCCAUUUGAAACAUCACCUGAUCAAGUCUAUGAUAAAACAUGGUAUAUGCCACCAAGUGGUGCACAACGAGGAUCUACAAAGAUUCCGAGAGGCGAUCCACUCACACCUAUAUAUCCUUCGACUGAUUAUAUGUAUCGAAUGAAAGAAGAGAAUUUAAAAUUUCUACCGAAAAUUCCUGCUCAACCAAUCAGUUACAGCGAAGCUCAAUUAAUUUUCCAAUAUAUGCAAGGUGAUGAAGUGACAGCAGAUUGGCGUGGAACUUUAUCAAAUGUAACAUAUCGUUACGGUGGAGAACUUGCAUAUUCAACUUCCAUUGAAAUCAAAUCAUAUAAUCGACUUGAAAGAAAAGAUACAUAUAAUGUGAUUGGAAUAAUGAAAGGAGAAAUCGAACCAGAUCGAUAUGUUGUCUUUGGUAAUCAUCGAGAUGCUUGGAGUUUAGGUGCUGUUGAUUCUGUUAGUGGAACAGUUACUCUACUAGAAAUAACUCAAGUUAUUGGUCAAAUGUAUAAAGAUGGAUUUCGGCCACGACGAAGUUUAAUGUUUUGUUCAUGGGGUGCCGAAGAAUAUGGAAUCAUAGGUUCAACAGAAUAUGUUGAAGAAUAUGUUAAAGUAUUGGGAGCUCGUGUUGUUUCUUACUUAAAUAUAGAUGCUCCUGUUCAAGGAAAUUAUACAAUUCAUGUCAAAGCAUCACCAAUGUUAUUUGAUAUCAUUGUGGAAGCUUCAAAAAUGGUUUUAAGUGCAUACGAUCCUCCUAAUCAAACUAUUUACGAUAAAUGGAUGAAAAGUCAUUGGAAUAAUAUAACCAAUGAACCAAAAAUUCGGUAUGGUUUAGGAUCAGGCAGUGAUUAUUAUGCAUUCAAUCAAUUAGUUGGUUCAUCAAAUUUUGAUGCAGCCUAUCAAUUUAAUCCAGCUGAUCAUGGCAAUAUAGAUACGUAUCCACUUUAUCAUACGUCCUAUGAAACAUUUUCAAUGGUGAAAAAUUUUAUUGAUCCAGAUUUUACAGCACAUAGAACAAUAGCUCAAUUUAUAGGCGUUUUAGGAUUAAUUCUUUGUGAAACAAAUAUUUUACCAUUUAAUGUUAUGCGAUAUGCGAUUGCAUUUAAACAAUUGUUAAACAAAAUUGAACAAAAUAAUAUAGAUUUUGCAAUUCUUCGAAAUGCUAUUAAUGAUUUUGAAAAAGCAGCAAAUGAUUUUGUAACUCGUUCUAAGCCAUUAAAUAUUGAAAAUCCAUAUGAAAUUCGAGCAUAUAAUGAUCAAUUGUUACAACUUGAACGAGCUUUUUUAAAUCCAUUAGGACAAGGUCUUGAUUAUCCUGAUUAUAAACAUGUCAUUUUUGUACCAGCUAAAACUAAUCAAUAUAGUGCUUCUGGUUUUCCAACUAUUAGUGAUGCAAUUGUUGGUGGUAAUCAAACAGAAAUUAAUCAAGAAAUAGCAAUCAUUGUUUAUUUUAUACGUGGAGCUUUAUCAACAUUAAAAGAAUUCGAUAAGUUUAUGGCAUAA